ACAACCAAGACACAUGGGCUAGAAUACCACUGCUGCUGCCAAGGAUCGCACUGACAAUACAACUACGAAGCCACUGCACCUGUUUCUUGGAUUACUACCAAUACUACUGCAAGAGGAGCUGCUUUUCAUGAAUGAGACCAGAACUUUUGUAUAAUGUGGGAUUUAGUCAUCAUGGAGAUUUCACAAAGAGGUUAUACCCAACUAAAAUGGAGGAUAGUUUCGACUGCGACUGUGGCGAACUUGAGCCACCUGAUUACUGAGGCUUAGCUCUUAAACAAAAACAGGCCAGACGCAUUUCAAAUCAGAUCAGGUGUCUUAAGUUAUAGCGGACAAGGAGUAGGGAGUAUUACAAGUGAAUAUCAGUUUGUGCAUAAUUUUAGCACAGUCCUAUGAAGCUGCUCAGGACCAGUCAAACACUGAAUGUACUGCACUGUGAGGAUGCAACUACGUGCUUUUUUUAGUUUAAAUUUGUAGAUGCUUUCAAAUUGGCUUCAAAGUCUAUUCCGUCACAGCCUUUAAACACUACAGUUACUUAACCAAGAUUGGAACAUAAAUUCUACUUGUUUAGAGUUACCUUUUUGUUUCACAAUGGAUACAAAUUUUGCCUUGAUAAUGUCAUCCCUUAUAAGACAAUAAAGGCUACACAGUGGGAGAUAGUAGUCUACUGUACUGGGGGGUCAGCCUCUGAAGCAGCGGUCUCAAAAAGUCAGAUUUGGACUUAAAAGGGCCGCGUAGAAUUGUUUAAAGGUCGUCAAGAUGGCGGAGAAGUUUGAGUCGUUAAUGAACAUCCAUGGGUUUGACCUGGGUUCACGAUACAUGGACUUGAAGCCGCUGGGAUACGGAGGGAACGGUUUGGUCUUCUCUGCUGUGGACACGGACUGUGACAAACGCGUAGCCGUGAAGAAAAUCAUCCUGACAGAUCCCCAAAGUGUCAAACACGCCCUUCGAGAAAUCAAGAUCAUAAGGCGGCUCGACCAUGAUAACAUCGUCAAGGUGUUUGAGACCCUGGGUCCAAACGGUCGCAGACUCACUGAGGAUGUGGUGUCCCUGACGGAGGUGAACUCUGUGUACAUUGUUCAGGAGUACAUGGAGACCGACCUGUGUCAGCUGCUGGAGAGAGGGCUACUGUCAGAGGACCACGCCCGCCUCUUCAUGUACCAGCUCCUCAGGGGGCUCAAGUACAUCCACUCUGCCAACGUCCUGCACCGGGACCUCAAACCCGCCAACCUCUUCGUCAACACGGAAGACCUAGUGCUGAAGAUCGGGGACUUUGGACUGGCCAGAAUCAUGGACCCGCACUAUUCUCAUAAGGGGCAUCUCUCCGAAGGUUUGGUCACAAAAUGGUACCGAUCUCCACGCCUCCUCCUCUCCCCAAACAACUACACCAAAGCCAUCGACAUGUGGGCGGCCGGCUGCAUAUUCGCUGAAAUGCUCACUGGGAAAACCCUUUUUGCAGGGGCCCAUGAACUGGAGCAGAUGCAGCUGAUCCUGGAGUCGAUCCCGGUGCUGAGGGAGGAGGACCGUCAGGAGCUGCACAGUGUGAUCCCUGUGUUCAUUCGGAACGACAUGUCCACACCCCAUAACCCUUUGAAGACUCUGCUGCCUGAAGUCAGCCCCCAAGCGCUGGAUUUCCUGGAGAAAAUCUUGACCUUUAACCCCAUGGACCGCCUGACCGCGGAGGAGGCUCUGGCCCACCCUUACAUGUCCGACUACUCCUUCCCGCUGGAUGAGCCCAUCUCUCUGCACCCCUUCCACAUCGAGGACGAGGUUGACGACAUCCUGCUCAUGGACCAGAGCCACAGCCAUACGUGGGACAGGUAUCAUGAUAGUCAGUUGUCUGAGGCCGAUUGGAACCUGCGCAGCACCCACGAACCUGAAGAGGUGCAGGUGGAUCCCAGAGGCCUGUCUGAUGUCACAGAUGAGGAGGAGGUCCAGGUUGACCCUCGUAAAUACACAGACGGGGAGCGGGAGAAGUUCAUGGACGAGCCGUCCUUUGAUUACUCCAUGUUCUCUGCUGAGCGCUCGUGGUCAGACGAGCAUCAUGAGAACAAGUACUGUGACCUGCAGUGCAGCCACACCUGUAACUACAAGGCCGUGUCCCCGUCCUACCUGGACAACCUGGUGUGGAGGGACAGCGAGGUCAACCACUACUACGAACCCAAACUCAUCAUGGACCUGUCCAACUGGAAGGAGCAGAGCAAAGAGAAGACCAAGUCCAAGACCAAGUGUGAGAAGAACGGUCUGGUGAAGAUGGCUCUGCAGCAGCAGAGCGUGUCUGAGAAGGACCGUGAGCAGGAGAAGCACCAAGCCCCACAAAACCAGGGCUUUGACUUCGACUCAUUCAUUGCCAGCACCAUCAAACUCAGCCUGCAGCCUGAGCCCUGUCCAGAGGUGGCGCUGCUGAGCCAGGUGGGCCUCCUGAACGAGCUGAACAGCUCCGUGUCUCAGCUGGAGGCUCCUCGCUCUGGCUCCAUGUCCAAGUCCAUCAGUCAGGAGAAGGAGGAGAAGUGCCUGGUGAACCUGGCCCAGCUGGGCGACGCCGUGUGGCCCGCCUUCGGUUGUGGCGAACCUGUCGACCACCGGACGGACGGCGGCUACACCAGUUACCUGGACCAGCUGUUAGGGCGGAAGGAGGAGUGUCCCUCUGAGACUUUGGCCUGCUCUGAUGCAGAGCUGCACGAGGAGGCCUUCCUGGGCUGUGGGACAGAGAUCGUCCUGAACAUGCACCUGGACUCCCUGUCUGAAGACAUGCCCCUAAAGUCCAUCCAGGCCUCGCUGUCUCCCUGCACCGUCAAGUGCUCGCCUCAAAUCGCCCACAAAACCUACAGCAGCAUCUUCAAACACCUAAACUAAGCAGAAGUCCUCCUCACAGUGCAACAGCUAGGCAAUUUUAUAAGAAGAUAGUGUAUAAUUGUACUUGAAUCAUUUCAUACCUUUUUUAUUUAGCCUUUUAUGAGAGGCGUGUUGUUUAGACCAUCACUGAGCCUUGUACACCUCCAUGUUUAUGUCCACACCCUCAUUGCUACAGCGGCAUGUCGCUUGCACAUUCAGUACUGUAUCGUUGGAGGGAGAGAGCAGAACGGGGACAAAGGACAGGUGUGGACUCUUUUCGAGAUGUCGUUUAGCCGUUUGGGUGGGACAUAAAGGAGGAGGUGGAUGCCAACAGUGCUUAGGCUUUUAAAUAUCUUUGGAACAUCCUGCAAACUGGGGUCUUUUUUAUUUGUUUUUAUUCUGAUUUAACAUUAUUUCCCCAAAGAAGGCUUCCUUAAAACCCUUUCAUACUGUAAAUCUUUCACAUGAUGCCAGCAGCACCAUUAUAUCAUAGGCGUUAAUGUAAAAAUGUGUUAUCUACCUCAAGGUAACAGCCGCGCGAGACUCUAGAGCCAAACUAGUGCUUUACAACCAUCCUCAUACCAUGAAGAGGUCUCGUCUAUUAAAUCUGUCUAAGCAUUUAACAUAGUGAGGUGUUUCAAGAAUCAUUAUUUAUUUCUAGCAAGAUUUGCGAUAUUUAUUUUAUCGAAAGGCGUUAUUUCAAUGUGGUUAUUGAAGAUCUGAAAGGCGUCGGAGGAGAAGGACUUCCAUGUUCAUUUCGGCACUAUAUAAGCGUGGUAGUGUUCUGUUUUGAUGGUAGGAAAUGACUUGAUCUAUGUUCGGAAAAAAGUUCAAAUGGAUUUUUAUUUCGUUUUCCAUCAAUUAUUGUCCAAGCAGAUAUCAUUCUGUAUUUUUUUUUUAUUUUAUAUUUUAAGGUGCGUUCUGUCUUUUGUGAAAAACCUGCUUUAUCGUUUAAAAAAAAGGCGCCAAAGUCUUAAUUUUUUUUAUCUAAUUGUUCUGUACAAACGUGUGCAUGGAGGCAACAGAAGGUACAUUCGAAGUCAGUGGUGAGUAUAAAAAGUGCGUUGGUUUUAAUCGUAUUUUGUUUUUUAUGUCCUUUUCAAAGAGCAAAGCAUGAUGAAAUUAGGUUAAAGGUGUAGCAUGUAGAACACUGCAGACUUCUUUUGUAAUCAUUGGUUACCCUGUUCUACAAAAUAUCAAAAUAAAAGUACUGGCAAAGAG